UUGUACUUGAUCAGCUUGUGAUAAGAACCAAUUCGAAUAGCCAUCGUUGUCUUCAUCAAUACAAUUCAUUUGGAACGAGUUGUUAUUGUCAAUUAAAAGGGUUGUUGAAUAAUAAGAUGUGUGCAGGAGUGAGUUUUCAGUUAAAAAGAGCAGUUGAACGAAAUAAGGAAAGGAAAAAAGAAAAACCAGUAAGCGCCACUCCUUUCCAAGGUGAAGAUUCGGAAAAGGAAGAAGAAGAAACUUCAGUAAUAGAACAAGUGGAAGAGUAUGGAGGUCCCUCCGUUUCAAAAGUGAACGAAGCAAGUACCCAAGUGGAACAUGUGAACGGAAUGCAAAAAGAGAUGGCUUGUAGUUUGUCUCAAGUACUGAGACGUAGAAAAAGACAAGCAGCGGAGAACAGUGAUGAACUGUUUAGACAGGAAAUAGAGUGGGCUGCUCCUGAAGCUUGCAGGGAAGAUUACGAGAGAGUUCCAGUGGAAUCUUUUGGAAAGUAUAUGUUGAACAAAAUGGGUUGGAAGGGAGAAGAACAUCGACAAGUAGACAAUUGGCAAAACAAAGCAAGACCUCCGCGUCUUGGUUUAGGAGCUAAAGUACUCCACAACGCUUCCAAAUAGACGAAUGGAAUAUCUUGCAAGUUGUGAGAGAACAAGAACUUGUCGUUUCGAAAGGCUGUUUUGGUCAUAUGCUUGCUAUGAAAGCUCAUUGAGAAUGAGUGAAUUUUCUCAUAUGUUGCCAGAUACAACGACCGAUUCGUUUGAUCGCUCAUGUUCUUCUGUUCUCGAUGGUUGUGAUAUUUUAUAUGUCUUUUUUUUGUGGUCUUUCAGAGGCCGUUGUCUCCAUAGCUAUUUUCUAAAAGGUUUAUGGUUACCAUAGGAUAUCCAUGCUGCGAACUGGAUAAUGACGUUGAAGAGUGAUCCCCACUUGAGAGAAGCAUAUAAACUUGAUUUGUUGUGGAUAAACGACGAUCGAAAAACUCCACGAACAAUGGAAGUGGCGAUCCAAACCGAGGAGGAAUGAAUGAAUGAAUGAAUGAAUGGGUCU